AUGAUGCGGCGUGGUUCUAUGGCUAUCCCUGGCGGGGGCGAGCCACUUAUAGUUGUUGAAGAAAGUGGGGCUGAAGAAGAGGCCUGCUAUCGGCCUCCCGCGCCUUUCCGAGGCUUCUCUGAGGAUCAGGAGUCGCCACCAGACCCGUACCACUUGUCACCAUGGCGAGACAACCGCAAGCAUUCCCUUCCAACACCAGCUUGCACAUCUGGACCCACUGCUAGCCAGGUACGUCGCUUAUCAGAGCGAGGCGAAGGUGCGGCUCGUGAGGCCAGAGAAGCUGCCUUUUUGGCUACUUUGAGCCAGGCUCCACCACAACCGGGGGGUCGAAGGCAUUCCGUAGUAACAAUAUCAAGAGUGCCUCAGGCGCUCUUUGGACGAGGCCGACGUGAAUCUAUUGCGGCUUUCCCCGCCCUAGGCCAUCGCCGGGACUCCGGAGCUGGAAUUAAAAAAUGUCCACCAGCCACUGAUGCGCUGGGUAGUACUCAUAAUCUACAAUUGGACAUAAUGGAUGAUAUCGUACAGGCACGCAAAGUUCGUAUGCGUCUGUGGAACACAUCGAAUGAAAAGGUUUGCGAAGUACAGCCUUUAGAUGAGCGAUCUCCAAUCGGCGGUUCGGUUAGAUAUACGAACCGAGGGCGCAGACAUUCAGAUUUCGUUGGGUCUCCAUUACCACCAAUUCCAGCUCGUCGUCGCGCGUCUGAAAUGCCCCCUCCACCUCCGAUACCUCCCCGUAGCGGUGCUGGUGUGGUUUGUACUGACACAGAUCUCAAGCUGAUGUUAAAUGCUCUAACUUCUUCUGCAACGGAGAUAGAUAGAUGUGGUAAACCUGAUCGUAACAGGCGUUUGGCGGACAUGAGAUCAAGCAGUUUCGAUGCUUCUACGCUACGUGAAAAGCUUUCGGAUUCUGGUACUGGAUGGUUUGCACGAAGACAUCAGACUUUGGCUACCAAGAAGAAAGAAAACGAAGUCAAGAAACCCAAAGUGACGUUCGCCCCAGACUCCAAGCCGGCACCAGGAGAUGCUGCCGUUGUUUGGGAUAAGCCCACGGGAUCUGUUGUGGACGCAAGUGCUCUUGGCAGCGCCAUAGAGGUUUUUCUAAGGAGUGGGAACACCGUCAAUCCAGCUCCUUCGUCAUCAGGAAUAUCAAUACCUGUAGAAAUAACAAAGCCUGAAACUGAAGCUCGACCUACACCCAGUACGAGCCGAACUUCAGGACGUGAAAACGAGCGUUGGUUCUCAAACAGACCGGAGGAGGAGGAAACCGGAGAAGGCUGCGACGCGUCCCUCUGCACCUCUCUGAAGGACCUCUUCGUUUAA